AUGACAACUGAGCCUCUGACCCCACCGAACCAACUCCACAUGGAAGAGGACGAAGACCAGGCUACGGGCCCCAUAGGUGACCUUCCACCUACUGAUUCCAUAAAUGACUCACACAGUAGUUCCUCAUCGACAAUUGUAUCCCUACGUGACGACGACGACAUGCUCUCCGAUGACGCACAGUACGAACUAGUGCAUGGAAAGAAAAGACGCAAGACAAGCCAGAGCCCUGCAUCACCACCUACGAACGAAACCAAUUUACAGGUCGGAUACACAGUACUGUUCAUCCCGACAGCAAGCGACAAAGUGGGAUCUCUCAGCAAAUUAAAGCUCACGGACUUCCUCAACAACGUUGCUCCAGGCAUGGUCAGUGUAGUUCGAGUGAACGCAGCACGUAACAUCGUUGCAGUAGAUGUGAAACGACCUCUCUACAAGGCCGAACUUCUAAAGAUAACAAAACUCUGUGACGUGCCUGUAAGAGCUUUUAUACCUCGAGAACGCUCCAACUGUUUCGGCGUACUUCGAGAUAUUGAUCCCGACUAUACCGAAGAAGACGUCAAGGCGCAGCUACAGUCCUCCAUUGGAGUAACAGAAGUGAAGCGACUAGGCAAAGCCUCGCCUGUUGUGCGAGUUGCAUUUGCAGUUGCAUGCGCUGCAGAGUUCCAAAUUUGCUAUCAGUGUGGGCAAAGUCAUGAAGGCGCAUGUGAGGCCACCCCGAGCUGCGUGAAUUGUCGAGGAAAUCACACCUCUAAUGCAACAGAAUGCCCAGUCAAGCAAAGGGAAACAGAAAUUAUGAGAUACCAACACGAAAAUAACACGACACUUCGUGAGGCAAGGGGUGCUGUGUACGCGAAACGUCAAACCAACAAACAUGCAGCUUCCAAUACGAGCGACGAAGACAGCGUUGGCAGCGCGCUGUACCUAACGCCUCUCAUUGAGUCUGGACAACUGGAGCACGCCAGGAGCCUGAGCCGUGUCGGCUCGCUCGGCCAGGUGGAAGACGUGCCCGGUUACUCCGGCUUCCUCACCGUCGACGCUAAGCUGGGCAGCAACCUCUUCUUUUGGUUCUUCCCAUCAAAGGUUGAUGCGGACAGUGCGCCCGUCCUGAUCUGGCUCCAGGGUGGUCCCGGAUCCACGUCGCUGUUCGGCCUUUUCACGGAGCACGGACCGUACCAAGUGGCCGAAGACGGGACGCCACACCUGCGUGAUGCCACGUGGGUCAACAAGUUUUCCGUGCUCUACAUGGAUAAUCCCGUGGGCGCGGGCUUCAGCUUCACGGAAUCAGACGAAGGCUACGCUCGCAACCUGCAUGACACUUCCAGGAACUUGUUCGAGGCCCUGCAACAGUUCUUCACGCUUUUCCCCGACUACGUCGACAGGGACUUCUACGUCGGCGGGGAAUCGUAUGGCGGCAAAUAUGCUCCUGCCCUCGCCUACACCAUCGACACGGCCGUCCAACCACGGGUGAAGAUCAACGUCAAGGGAAUCCUUAUCGGAAACGGCUUCAUCGAUCCAAUCUCCAUGAUGGACUUCGGCGACUACCUUUACCAGGUUGGGCUCGUGGAUGAAAGCGACGCCGAUGUUUUUAGGAAGCGGACGAAAAUGAUGGUCAGACUAAUGAAAAAUGGACGCUACCUUGACGCCUUCAACAUAUUGGACCCUCUUUUGACUGGUCUCCUUACAAACCCAACCUACUUCAAGAAUGUCACCGGAAUGGACUUCUACUACAACUAUCUUUACUCCAAACGACCUAAAAAUUACCAAUAUUUUGACGCUUUUGUCGAGAGUCCAAAGGCGCGCAAGGCAUUACACGUCGGAAACCGUAUUUUCACGGAUACAAGCAAGGUAGUUCAGCAUUAUCUUCAGGGAACCAUCAUGUCAUCUGCAAAGCCCUACUUGGAGGCCCUAAUUGAAAAGUACAAAGUUAUGCUCUAUAACGGCCAGCUGGACAUUAUAGUUGCGUACCCACUUACGACAAAUUUCAUCUCCACCCUUCAGUGGUCGGGAGCGAAGGCCUUGGCCCGAGCACCGCGGCAGAUCUGGAUGACCCCGGAUGGAGAUGACGUAGCCGGUUAUGUCAAGCAGGUCGGCAAGUUCACGGAGGUUUUGGUCAGGAACGCGGGGCAUAUUGCUCCCCAUGACCAACCUGUGGUCUGUUUCGAUAUGUUGGUCAGAUUCAUCGACGGCAAGCCGUUUUCUGGAUGACCUAAUUGUGAGCUACUGAGUGAUCCUUUGUCUGCCUGGAAAAGAAGUUCCGUGGAUAUCUUCGAAGUGGCAG